AAAAAUUUUCCGCAACUUUUAGUCAACGCGUUUUUGAACUGUUGCAUCGUGAGAGACACAUUUGUCAGAAUUUAGAUUAUCUAGAAUCUAGAUCUAAAUCUAGCAGUAUCACAGGACUUUCCCAUAGAUUUAAUAAUGGCACAGGUUUUAAGUGGUACAAAAACUGCUAACGAUAUCAAGAAACAGCUCAAAGAUGAAAUUACUGAAUUUCAGCAACAGUACCCCGAUUUUCGUCCUGGAUUGGCAAUAGUUCAGGUUGGGGACAGAGAAGACUCAAAUGUUUACAUUGGUCAAAAACUUAAGUCUGCUGCAGAAGUAGGCGUGAUUGCAGAGCAUAUUAAGCUGCCACGUUCAUCUACCCAGUAUGAGGUAUUAGCUUGUGUGGAUAAAUUAAACAAUGAUCCUAAAGUCCAUGGCAUUAUUGUUCAGCUACCUUUAGAAAGUGAUACUGUUAUUGAUGCCCACCGUGUGACUAAUGCCAUUCUCCAGAGUAAAGAUGUAGAUGGAUUGCAUCAAGACAAUGCUGGACGUUUAUCUCGAGGAGACUUAGAUACUUGCAUCUUACCUUGCACUCCACGAGGCUGCAUGGAAUUAAUCAAAAGAACAGGAGUGGACGUGAAAGGUAAAAAUGCAGUUGUUCUUGGCCGUAGUAAGAUAGUAGGUGCCCCAAUGUCAGAUCUACUGCUGUGGAACCAUGCUACAGUUACUGUUUGCCAUUCUCGUACUGCUGACUUGAAAUCUGAGGUCCAAAGAGCCGAUAUAUUGGUGGUUGGUAUUGGACAAGCAGAACUAGUUAAAGGGGACUGGAUCAAGCCUGGAGCUAUAGUCAUUGACUGUGGUAUUAACUCUAUACCAGAUGAAACCAAACCUAGAGGUUAUCGUUUAGUUGGUGAUGUUGACUACAAUUCUGCCAAAGAAGUUGCUUCAUGGAUCACCCCGGUUCCAGGAGGUGUUGGACCUAUGACUGUUGCUAUGUUAUUGAAAAACACAGUAGACCAAGCUAAGAAAAGCUUUGUUAAGCUUGCAGUUUCUUCACAAUGGAACAUGCAGUACCUGCCUCUUCACUUGAAGGAUCCAGUUCCUAGUGAUAUUGAUGUUGCCAAGGCUCAGAUACCAAAAGAUGUGUCUCUACUUGCCCAAGAAAUAAACCUUCUGCCAGAAGAAGUUGAUCUCUAUGGAAAGAAAAAGGCCAAAGUUUCUCUCAAGGUUUUGGACAGACUAAAAACACAGAAAGAUGGAAAAUAUGUUGUGGUUGCUGGUAUCACUCCAACUCCACUGGGGGAAGGCAAGAGUACCACUACUGUUGGUUUAGCUCAAGCUCUUGGUGCUGAACUGAAGAAAAAUGUUUUUGCUUGUAUUCGUCAACCUUCUCAGGGUCCAACAUUUGGCAUUAAAGGAGGAGCUGCAGGAGGAGGCUACUCUCAGGUCAUUCCCAUGGAGGAAUUCAAUCUUCAUUUGACUGGUGAUCUUCAUGCUGUCACAGCUGCCAACAAUCUUCUAGCAGCAGCCAUUGAGGCUAGAAUGUUACAUGAGGCCACUCAGACAGAUAAGGCUCUCUACAAGAGACUGGUACCAGAAGAGAAAGGUCUUCGAAAGUUCAGUCCCAUUCAGCUUAAAAGACUUGAGAAACUGAGAAUCACUAAAACUAACCCUAAUGACCUAACAGCUAAUGAAAUUAAAAGUUUUGUUAGACUGGACAUUGAUAAGGAGACUAUAACCUGGCAGAGGGUGAUAGAUACUAAUGACAGAUUUCUUCGCAAGAUUACCAUUGGUCAAGGUCCUCAAGAAAAAGGACAUGAAAGACAGACCCAGUUUGAUAUAACUGUCGCUAGUGAGAUCAUGGCAGUGCUGGCUCUCUGCACAGAUCUUCGAGAUUUGAGAGAAAGGCUAGGCAGGAUCGUUGUGGCCAGCAGCAAAAGUGGACAGCCUAUUACAGCAGACGAUUUGGGAGUUAGUGGUGCAUUGGCAGUGUUGAUGAAAGACACAAUCAGACCAAACCUAAUGCAAUCUCUAGAGGGGACUCCAGUCUUUGUUCAUGCUGGUCCAUUUGCUAAUAUAGCUCAUGGCAACUCAUCUAUUAUUGCAGACAAGGUUGCAUUGAAACUGGUUGGAGAAGAUGGAUUUGUUGUGACUGAAUCUGGUUUUGGUGCUGAUAUUGGCAUGGAGAAAUUCUUUGAUAUCAAAUGCCGUUACUCUGGUUUGGUACCCAGUGCUGUAGUUCUUGUUGCCACCAUUAGGGCACUUAAAAUGCAUGGAGGUGGCCCCACGGUGACAGCUGGAGUACCAUUACCUGCAGAAUACAAGGAAGAGCAUUUAGACUUGGUGGAACAAGGAUGCAGUAAUUUGAUCAAACAAAUUCAAAAUGCUAACAAGUUUGGAGUGCCAGUUGUUGUUGCCAUCAAUAGAUUUGGAAGUGACACACUAUCUGAAUUAAAUUUGGUUCAGGGUAUUGCUAAAGAGAAUGGAGCUUUUGAUGCUGUUAUCUGCAACCACUGGGCCAAAGGUGGACUUGGUGCAGUAGACUUGGCAGUAGCAGUGAAUAAUGCUACUAAACAACCAAGCAAUUUUAAAUUCCUCUAUGAUGUCAGGGACCCCAUUGAAAGCAAAAUUGAAACAAUAGCAAAGGAAAUUUAUGGAGCUGAUGGAAUUCUUCUUGAACCGCUUGCCCAGGAGCAAAUUGAACGGUACAAGAAACAUGGUUUUAACGAUCUUCCAAUAUGCAUGGCUAAAACACAUCUGUCCUUAUCUGACAAGCCUGAACUAAAAGGUGCUCCUACAGGUUUCACCUUACCCAUCAGGGAAGCAAGAGCAAGCAUUGGAGCUGGUUUUAUUUAUCCUCUUGUUGGCACUAUGAGUACAAUGCCAGGACUUCCAACUCGUCCAUGUUUCUAUGAUAUUGACAUUGACGCAGACACUGAAGAAAUUUUGGGUCUCUCCUAACUGCCAAUUCUGGACACAUUAUCAAUACCUAGCAGCAUGUAAUAUUGAUUUUGAGAUUAUCUUCUUCAUGUUAAUGUACUGGUAUCAGGUUGGAUGUUAUAUGCUAUUCAAGAAGUUUUUGUUUCAUUAUUUCAGUUUUUGCUUUCAAGAUGUGAAGUAUUUGUAAAACAUUACAAACUGUUUUGUUGUUUAUUGUGUUCAAAUGGAAGGCUCAACUUUUGUUACCAAUAUAUUGAAAAGAAUUUUUUUAAAUGAUUUUUAUAUUAAAAAUCAAUUUUAGUAAUUAAUAUAUCAUAAUUAUUUAAUUUUCUGAUAUUGUACUUUAGUGGAAAUGAAAUAUCUGAAAUUGUUUAUUAUAUAAGCAAAUAUUUUUUUCAGUUGUGCAAAUUUUACAAUUAUUAUGUUUGUACAGGAGGUCCUUAGGUUUAGUCAAUCCCAAGUUAUGAGGCUUCAUGGUUAUAUCUUCCAUAUACUACAUGUAUAUAAAGCCUUGUUUUGACAUUCCUGGCCCAGUAUCUCCAACACCUUCUGCAGGUUCUGCCUCUUCAGAUUCACCUGCCUCAGUGUCUCCACCACCUUCUGCAGCGUCCUCCUCCGAUUAAAGCUGGGGUUUUUUAAUCACUGUUUCAUUUCAUUUUUUUUUAAUCACUGUUUCAUUUCAUUUUUUUUAAUCACUGUUUCAUUUCAUUUUUUUUUAAUCACUGUUUCAUUUCAUUUUUUUUUAAUUACUGUUUCAUUCAAUUUCUAAAUGUAUUUUUAUUUUCUUAAUUUGUUUUUUGAUAAUUAUGCAGGGUACUGAGUUAGGGUAGGAUAAGUGCUUACAGUAUUUACAUACAGUAUGUACCUUUAUUCCGACUUAAACCAUAGAAAGGGAUCAAUGCAUAACUCAAGGACCCCCCUGUUUAAAUUGCAGUGUUUGUUAGAUGCCAAACUAUCUUCAAAAUUUGUUGUCACAGAGCAUGUAUAAUAAAUAUUAAACUGUCACUACUUGAAGUUGUGUUUUUAAACAGAACAUUUGCAUUUAUUUUUCUAAAAUCAUGUGCUAAAAAAAUGAAAAAUAAGUUUAUUGAUUUGAUUACCCAAGAAUCAUUGGUUAAAGGGAAACAAGUUGCUUUAAUAAAUUGUAUGUAAUAUGUUUGUAAUGCACAAAUAGCCAAUGUUUUUAUCUGUCCAAAUAAUAACAGCUAUUGAUGUUUUACUGAUGUAAUUUUUAUGCACAUCAAAAACAGUAUGUCAAAAUGACCUCGCAAAAAAUGUAAACAUUCUUAGCCUGUUGACUCUGGGAUAUAUCUGUGACCAUUUAAGAUGACUAGAGCUUCAUUAAACAAAACAUCAGAAUAAUAAUAAUAAGGCUUGUCUUCGAGUCUGAAGAUUAGUGAGGAAUGCAGUGUUUCUCAUGGCUGUGCAGCCCCAGCUGUGACCUACAUAUUUUGCCACUCCCAGGGCAAGAAUAACCAUUGUCCGAAGGUUUUUUUUUCACCACCUGCAAAACCAAACAUAAUUUAGUGUACAUCAGUGGUAGACCAAUAAAUUGCUGUCUGCAAUAAUUUAAACAAAAUUUAUGCAAUAACAGAUUAGCAGAAAACUGUUUCACACAGCUGAUUGAGCCAUAUCUUGUAUGCAUUCCCUGAGAAAGUUUAUGUAUGUAUUAGACAUCUAUUUCCAUCAUUUUUCCUGCCUAACCCUGACCCCUUCUCCCUUGCUUCACUUGAUACCUGCUAACACAGCUUGAAAGCAGAAUGCCACCUUUUAUUUGUUGGCAUUAUUGACCUAGUUAAUGUAAAUAUAACCCAUGCUGGCGAGACUUGAGUAUUUGUGAAACUAUUAGAUGAUACUUACACUAGUUGAACUUGUUUCAUUAAGACUAUGAAAGUUUAGGUCAAGUUAGUGUAUUAUCAAAACACAACAAUAUAAGCCUGAUAUUAGACAUCCUGCAUUUAUAGUAUAAGUAUUAAUAUUAAAACAAGACUGACCUUUGUACAUCUUCAUACAUGUGUCAAACAAUGUAAUUGUAAUGUACCAGUAUAUAUAAUGGUGUUAAAGACCAUCUAAAGAAGCCAUUAACAAUAAAACACAUUUAUUAUAAUUA